AUGAUAUUUACGCACAUUUUCCGUUAUUUGGAUGACAGAGAUGCUGAAGAGACGAGGAAAAACAACGGUGAAAAUAUAAGACCGCCAGCCGCGGAGUACCGGUUUCAUGUGUCCUCAACUGAGCAUCGUGAUGCGAAGUUUGAACAGAUUUCUUGGAAAGCAACUCCAGGUCUAACUGUUGUUUCCGGAGCUCGCCAAACAGGCGCAAGUUUAAGUAAAACAUCAUCCAGCGCUCCUCUGGCUCAAGGAUUUUGUUCGUUGCGAGGGGAAACGCUUGACGCAAAAACAACAAAGAAACAAGUUUUACCUCCAAUUGGAAAAUUACAAAUUUCAGGGCUAGGUGGAAAAGAGUUUACACAAGAUGAAAAUUAUUUCGCAAAACUGCCACCAAUUGAACCACUGGAUGACAAAACGCAAGCAUUUCCGAAAAAAUCGAGGGCAUGUUCGGAAAAAGAGAGAGAGUCAAUUUGGAAUAAUACCUCGAUAAAUACUCGACUGCCUCAUAAAGAUCAAAUGUGUUUGGGGACGAACAGCGCGGAGCGGUUCAACACGGUAGGGCAGAUUAAGGAGGAAAGUAAUCCCAGGAUAGAAAAUGUGACAACGACUAAUCUGACUCCAGAAUUAUCGGCUGAUAACUGGAAUAAGAAACACGGACUUACAAUGCAAACAGUUGAUGACAUGACGUUGGUCAAAGCAGGCGCUAAAACUUCUUAUUAUCAAAAUGCUAAAAUGAAGCUGGACAUUGAAACUGUUAAAGUCCGAUCCUCGAAAACUGAUGCGAUUAACGCCGAUGAGACGAAGGAGUACAAAAUUCGGCGAAUUCAGACGCGACUAAAGAGUUUCUCGGACGGCGAAGAGUCACCUGAAAAUGAGAGGUGUCAAAACCGGGAUGAAAAUAGGAAAACGAAGAUGACAGAAGAUUUAUAUAAAAACUUGGGUUUAAUCGACCGUAACACUGGCUUUCUACGACACUCCACGAAACGAAGAACGGGAUCUGCAAAGUCCCGGUGGUACAGUACGCCUUGCGUACAAGCAGGGGAAGUUUCACGUUUGAAAGCUCACGGAGGCUCUAUUUCUUCCGCGGUGCGUGGCGAAGGAAAGAGGAAACGUCCGAUACAGUUACUUGCGUGCGUCAAAGGAAGACGAAACGCUAUCUGCGAGGUAAUUGAACAGAGCAUAGAGCCUGAAUUCGGUUCGAGUUUAUACGAAAUGAGGAAAAGUUUAAUUAGUAUAACGUGA